AUGGCCGACGACAAGAAAACAGACGAAAAGAUGGAGCAAUCAUCUAGAUAUGAAUCCUCUCACUCCGCUCCAUCUCGAUCCGCAUCGAGUUCCGCGCUGUCUAGCAAUCCUAUUUUUCCUGUCCUUGCCUAUUGCGGAUCUUCAAUUAUGAUGACAGUUAUGAAUAAAUAUGUCUUGUCGGGAUUGGAUUUCAAUCUCAAUUUCUUCUUGCUUUUGGUUCAGUCCGUUGUGUGCAUCGUUGCAAUUCAAUCCUGCAAGACGGCCGGCAUUAUUACAUACCGUGAUUUCAGUUCAGACGAAGCAAAAAAAUGGUUCCCAAUCACUCUCCUACUUAUCGGCAUGAUUUUUACCGGUUCAAAAGCCCUUCAAUUUUUGUCGAUUCCGGUGUAUACUAUCUUCAAGAACCUUACUAUCAUUUUGAUUGCAUACGGUGAGGUGCUUUGGUUUGGUGGCUCGGUGACUGGCCUCACCUUGUUCUCCUUCGGACUCAUGGUGGUCAGCUCGAUCAUUGCUGCCUGGGCCGACAUCCAACAUGCUCUCCAAGGCGGCGUGGAGGCCAAUUCUAAAGUCUCAACCUUGAACGCUGGAUACAUAUGGAUGUUGGUUAAUUGCCUUUGCACUGCCUUCUAUGUCUUGGGCAUGCGCAAGCGCAUCAAGUUGACAAACUUCAAAGACUUUGACACUAUGUUCUACAACAACCUGCUCUCAAUCCCCGUCCUCAUCGUCGCCACUCUUUUCGUAGAAGACUGGUCCUCCGAAAACCUCGCUCGGAACUUCCCGGUUGCCAGCAGAUCAAACAUUAUGAUCGCUAUGAUCCUGUCUGGCCUGUCUUCCGUGUUCAUCUCUUACACCUCUGCGUGGUGUGUGCGCACUACAUCCUCAACAACUUACUCCAUGGUUGGAGCCUUGAACAAACUUCCCAUUGCUUUGUCUGGUCUCAUCUUCUUCGACGCGCCAGUUACUUUGGGUAGUGUUUCGGCAAUUGCGGUUGGUUUCGUCAGUGGAAUCGUCUAUACGAUCGCCAAGUUCAAGCAGAACUCCAAGCCAAAGACUGGUAUCCUGCCUACAACGAACACUCCGGUCAGUGCCAGUAGCCAGAGUAUGCGCGAUUCACUCCGAUCAUAA